AUGUCUCAAUAUAUUUUAUAUUAAUGUAAGAAAACUGACAAAACAACAAGUGCCAUGAAAGAUGAUGAGUGGGUAAAAUUAUCCAUACAAUUUAAUUCUAAUUGUGGUACGGGAAGGACACCUAAAAUGCUUCGAAGCAAGUGGGAGUCUUUAAAGAAAACCACAAAGAAACAAUAUGCCAGUUUGAAGCAGAGUUUGUAUAAAACUGGUGGCGGUCCCGAAGAAUCUGACAUAAAAUUAUCGGGUGUUAGUAAUAGGGUGCUGGCUAUUGUUGGUGUGGGAGUAACUGGUACAUCUUGCAAAUUUGAUUCAGAUUUUGGGAAUAUCAGGCCAGAUAUUGAACAAAUACAGGAUGGAAUUUUACCAGUAGAGGAAAUUCUAGAUAAUUCAAUUGAGGUAGCUGCAGAAAUUGUUGAUGUAACGCCAAGUGAAGUGUGGGAUUCUUGGAACCCAUCUCAAUUGAGAAGUGCCAAACAUCCAGCCUUACAACUUCCAAUUGAGGAAAAUAAAGUAUUUGAAGAAAAUGGAGAUAAACUUCUAACUGCCCAGUUACCAAAGAAGUUUGAAGAACGUGAAACAAAAAACAUACGAAAACGCAAGUUGGGGAAGCAAGCUAUUUCAUCCCAGUUGCAACAGAAGAGAAAUACAAAUUAUUCUAUACACGAGGAACUGGCAAAGAAGAAAAUAGAAUAUAUAGAUUUUCAAAUUGCAUUACUACAGAAAGAAGCAGAAAAGAAGGAAGAGCGAUUAGCAGAAAAGCAUAAAUUAGAAAUUCAAAUUUUAAAACAGGAGUUGAGAAAUAAGAGAAAUAAAGUGUAA